CAGCAUAUCAAAUGAGCAUCUAUCAGCAGGGCACUGCAGAGAUGGCAGCGUGUGGUUGUCUUCCUGAGUUUACAAAGACUAAGAUUUUAAGCCCUUCUUUCCCAUGGAGUUCUCAUUCUCCAGCGGCAACUACUAUGACACAGAGGACUCGUUUUCUGAAGACAGUUUGAACCCUACUUUCUCUGAGGACACCAUUUCCUGUGAGAACACAACAUUCCAGGAAGAAAUAACUUUCAAUGUGGACUUUUCAGUCCAGUUGCUACUGACUAGUGAAUGUAGAGGGGGCAUGGGAAAUGAAAGAACCACCUUAAGCAGAGAAGGUCAAAUUCAAGACAACCCGGAGCCAGCUUUUGUGCAAAGCAGUGCCCCGCCCAGUGAUGAUCAUGAUAAUAUGUUGGCAGGUGAAGACUACAUAGUACAGAGUUUGUUGAAUAGCCUUCACAACUAUCUACAGAAUCUAAAUGGUGAAGGAAAUCAAACAGGUGACAAUGAAAAUCAAACAGGUGGAAAUGAAAAUAAGAGAGAUGACGAUGAAAAUGAGAAAAAUGAACAAAUACCAGAAAAUGACAAAGUUGAUGAGUCUGUGUUCCCAGAACCAUCAGAUGGACGUGAUUUCCAGCUGGGCAGCAGCUCCCUUCCACACACGGCUCAGAUUAGUCAUAGAGAGCAUGAUACCUGUCAAGACUGGCCCAAGUACAAACCAUUGGAGAAUAAAGAUGUCCAAUUCCUAGAGAUAACUCCGAUGCUUAAGGGACAGAAUCUUAAGGUGAGAGAUGCCACCCAGGAGAACAAGGGAGAGGCCCAGCAAGGGUGCCAAGCUGCACAGUACAGAGCCUUAAUGCCUUAA